AUGGGCCUUCUUGCGCAGGCUCUGCAGUCUCGCGCCGCCCGGGUAGUAGGGAGAGGAAGGUGCUGUCAUGGAAGACGGUGCAACGCCCGGGACGACCCAGGGAGUCAUAGAAAACCAAGGAGUUCUGUCGGCGGAGCCCUGGUGGAGCUCACCCCGACCCCCGGCGGCCUGGCCCUGGUGAGCCCCUACCACACCCACCGGGUCGGAGACCCCUUAGACCUCGUGGCGCUCGCAGAGCAGGUGCAGAAGGCUAAUGAAUUUGUCAGAGCAAAUGCCACCAACAAGCUGACAGUCAUAGCCGAGCAAAUCAAACAUUUGCAAGAACAAGCCAGGAAGGUAUUGGAGGAUGCUCGCAAAGAUGCUGACUUGCACCAUGUAGCUUGUAAUAUAGUGAAAAAACCUGGCAACAUUUACUACCUUUAUAAACGGGAGAGUGGUCAGCGGUAUUUUUCCAUUAUUUCUCCAAAGGAAUGGGGGACAGGUUGUCCACAUGACUUCCUUGGUGCCUACAAGCUGCAGCACGACUUGUCCUGGGCUCCAUAUGAGAACGCUGAGAAGCAGGAUGCUAAAAUCAGCAUCGUGAACAAGUUGCCAAGCCAGCCAGUGGCUCUGCCUCCAAGCGCUGAACCCAGCUUCCGGGGCUUCACUUCCACUGAGAGUGGACUCUGACAAAGGCUGUCAUGGCUAUAGGACCUGUCACCUCCGUGUUGCCCCAGCCUCUGCCUUGAUGGGAGGUGGCGUGAGAAUCGAGGGCAUGUAGGGGAAUCAUGAACUUCUUUGAAGGUGGUCCUGUGUGAAUGUAAUUGCUGUCGUUAUUACUUUUAGUUGGGAUGGUAAAGAAUCACAUCAGUCUCUUUUGGGAUCCUUUCCAGGUCACAGAUAUUCAACUAGUCAGUUUCAGAGUACUGGCCAGUGUACUUUCCUUCUUUAUCUCCAUCUGUUCUCCCAUAAGUCAGAGCAUUAGAGAAAGAAGGGUUUCUUC